GCAGCACACUCCAACACCCCCCACCCACUGUGUGUGUGUGUUUGUGAAGCACCAAGUUCCCCGAGCUUCACACGAUUGCUGCACUUGGCUUUGCAGGUGGGCUUGUUGUUGGAGCCAUUCCAGCACAACAAUGGCGACUGUGACCGCUUCUUCUCUAGCGAUUUCCGCCUCCGGCCCGGCCAUUUCCCCUCACACAGGUCGCAACCAUUGUGCAGGGCAUCGCGCCACCAGCGCAUCGUUUAUGAACUCUGAGCUUUUCGCACGCUCCGCCACUCUGAGCCCUCACGCGGCUGUCGUUUCACGACCUGUCGAGUCUCGCCGUCCCUCGGUCUUCACCGUUUGCAAGAUUUCGGUGGGCGAUGUUGUUCCGCCGAUUGGACUGAAGGACCAGGAUGGCAAGCUGGUGAAUCUAGACAAGUUUAGGGGUAAGAAUUUGGUUCUCUACUUCUAUCCUGCCGACUUCACUCCUACCUGCACGAAGCAGGCUUGCGCAUUUCGUGAUUCGUACGAGAAGUUCAAGAAGGCAGGUGCUGAGGUCGUGGGAGUGAGUGCCGAUUCCCCCGAAUUGCACAAGCAAUUCAAGGCGAGGUACAGACUUCCAUUCACUCUGCUGAGCGACGAGGGCAAUAAGCUGCGGAAGGAUUGGGCCGUUCCCGGGGACGUCUUCGGAACUGUACCAGGCCGAAUCACGUACGUGAUCGACAAGAACGGCAAGGUGGUAUUGAUCUACAACAACGCUUUCGAUGCCCAGAAGCACAUCGACGAGACACUCAAUAUUCUGCAAAGUUAGACGAACGUCGCCGCUCAUGCUUCCCAACUAAGCUCUGGAAUUGGAAAAACAAAGUAUGUACACUAGCAACCCAACUACGAUCUGGAAUGCUGUGUCCACUCCUCCAAAUCCCACAUCAUCUACGGUCUGUCCUGUGAUUUCAAGCCCGGUUCACAUCACGAUUGUCCCAUCAUGGACCUUAACGAUUCUUCGCUUGAUCUUAGCCUGUCGCGGCGUCUUAAUGAUCUUUGCCCAUGACACCGCGCGCCAAGGCGUCGCUGAUUCCUCAUAAGAUGCUCGUCGCUGAUUCCUCAUAAGAUGUGAUCGGAUCGUGAAGCACGAUGCUUCACAUCUGGGAGCUUGCGCAGUGUCGACGAUAGCGCUUCUGAGACUUAUCGCCACGGGCUGAAACACCUUUUCUAUGAGAAAUAGAGGAAAAUAUUCACAUCAAACUGCUUACAAAUGUAAGCAUAUUGUGGUCAAAUGUUACCAAUUAUCCAGUAGUCUUUUUUUAGGGUUUUCCUGAGGGGCCAAAAGGAAAUGAACAUUAUUGUGGAUAAGAUUCUCCUACUCGAAUCAUUAUUGCAUUGUGGGUUUCUUUGUUUUGGCA